UGUAAUUAUAUUAAAGUGAAAAAGAAGGUUACUGUAAAAUCAUAUCUUGAAGAAAAAAAAAAUGAAAAUAUUACUUGAAUUUCUCAAAGUUUUUAUUUUUUUCGGUAAAAUUAGCUUGGGUAAUCUGGUGGGUUCGACUCUAUCUACCGAAAAACAAAGAAAACAAAUUUGGGUUUGACUCGUUAUAACACCAAAAGGAAACGCAAUUCCACCGCUUGGCCGCCGUUUGCAUUCAGCAACUUACGUGUUUCUCUUUCUACUCUGUGUGUUUCGAUGGAUUGCGAUUGUACAAUCGAUGCAGAGCUGCGCAGUGAAAUCUCUGCUCUUCUUACACCUCCUUCACCUGCCCAAGUUGACAAGUACUUGGAUGAACAAAUUAAAUCCAGCAACAGGCAUUGCUAUGGCAUCAAAAUCAAACAAAAUGGAGAGUUUGGCAAGGGUGUCUACGCUGACUUGGGCUUCAAAGAAGGAGAGCUUCUUCUCAAGGACCAAAUGCUUGUGGGUCUUCAACAUUCUUCCAACAAGAUUGAUUGUCUAGUGUGUAGCUUCUGUUUCCGUUUCAUUGGCUCUGUUGAGCUUCAAAUUGGAAGGAGACUUUAUUUGCAAGAGUUGGGAGUUUCUGCCAGCCAAGGUUGCUGUCAAACUGACUACUCAUCUGAAGAUGAUGACUUGGGAGACUCUGGGCCUAGCAGUUCCAGUUGCAAAGAGAAAGUUCCUCUUCCUAAAGGGUUUGCUGAAUCUUUAAUGAAUGGUGGAAUCAAAUUGCCAUACUCUGAUAAAUUCCCGUUACCUCCGGCUGUUCCAUGUCAUGGUGGCUGUGGAGAAGCUUACUACUGCAGCAAGCUAUGUGCAGAGUCUGACUGGGAUUUAUCUCAUUCCUUACUUUGCACUGGGGAGAAGUCAGAAGCAGUCUCUAGGGAGGCACUUGUACAAUUUAUACAGCAUGCCAAUGACACAAAUGAUAUAUUCCUCCUUGCUGCAAAGGCAGUGUCUUCCUCCAUAUUAAAGUAUAGGAAGUUGAAAGUGGCUCAUUCUGAAGAACAAGAGAAUAAGCCUAAUGUUUCAGGCAUCCCUUAUCCAUCUUUACUCUUAGAAGCAUGGAAACCAAUGUCAGUGGGACACAAGAGAAGGUGGUGGGACUGCAUCGCGUUGCCAUUUGACGUUGAAUCUUCUGAUGAAGUUGCUUUUAGGAUGCAAAUAAGAGAGCUGGCAUUCACGUCACUUCAGCUCCUAAAGGCAGCCAUCUUUGAUGAGGAAUGUAAAUCACUAUUCUCCCUUAAUAUCUAUGGGCAUAUAAUUGGCAUGUUUGAGUUGAAUAAUCUUGAUUUGGUUGUAGCAUCUCCAGUGGAAGAUUAUUUUUUAUACAUUGACGAUCUUCCAUAUCCUGAAAAGAAAGAAGCUGAGGAGAUUACACGACCAUUUUUGGAUGCUCUUGGCGACGACUAUUCAGUUUGUUGCCAAGGCACAGCUUUCUAUCCUCUGCAGAGUUGUAUGAAUCAUUCUUGUAGUCCGAAUGCGAAAGCCUUCAAAGGAGAGGAGGAUAGAGAUGGCCAAGCGACGAUAAUUGCACUUAAACCUAUUUCCAAGGGAGAAGAGAUUACCAUUUCUUAUGUGGAUGAAGACCUUCCUUUUGAAGAGAGACAAGCAUUACUUGCAGAUUAUGGUUUUAAAUGCAGGUGCCCAAAAUGCUUAGAGGAAGAGCCAUAACCAAUGAGGCGGCCUUGAACACGAUAAACUUGGAAGAAGUCAUGCUUGCAAAAGAAUACUCACAUUGCUAGAUAGUCCCACAAGAGACUCCUUGAUUUGUAUGCGUUUCAACUUCUCACCUUUUUUCAUCACAGUAUUUUGUCUUCUCACAAUCCUGAGAAUCACAAUCCUGAGGAUUCAAAAGGAAGAUUGUUUUGUAUUUAUAUAUACAUAAAGCCUUUCUACAGUGUUCAGGUUCUUUUUCAACUUCCGAUCGUUGAAAUACGUUGUUCAGUAUCCCUAAGAAGGAUAUGUACACUUUUCUUACAAUAAGGAUGUGUGCUUUUACAUAUUUAUAUAUAACAAAUUGAACAAAGUAGCUCUU